AUGGAUAUAAAUUCGCUCUUGUCCCACGACUCGACGCCCUCGAGUCAGGCUCGUAAUCCGUCGGCCAACUCGCCUCGCAGAAGGCCGUCUCACAAUCUUCGCUCCAACCCAGCGAGGCAGAACAUGACCUCUUCUCCCCUCGUUCACCAGGUUCUUACGCCUUCGAAUCUGCGCGAACCGUCCCCGCCUGCCAUCAGUCCUGUAAUUGGGCCUGUGCGAUCCAGCGGCGGGACUCCACCUUCCUCCGAUUUGCCUCCGCCCAGACAGGCGUCGACUCCGGGAAUGGAUACCCUCGCUGAUCUCGCCUCGAUGCAGCAGCAUCAGCCACAGCGGUCUAACGCCCCGAGACUGAGGAAUGCCGAAUCCUACGAAAGCCAGCUCUCUCCGUCGACGAUGUACCCAAACGUACCUCCGGUUGCCCACACCACUCCGACGCCUCGCCCCUUUGAAAGCAAUGCGGCCGAUGGGUCCGGUGAUACACCGAGGAGAGAUUAUUCCAACACCUGCCUCGCCCCGGAUGCCCGUAAGCAAGCGACCGAUCUUUGCGCCGAGGUCCAGCGCAAUCCCCAUGCCUACGACGCCCGCGUCAAGUUCAUCAAGCUGCUCCACCAGGGCUUUGUUGACCACGUCUACCCUCCGUCGUCGCCUGGCUCUCGUGGAGAUCCCCACAAGUACGAUGUCCUCAAGGACCUCCGCGCAGCCCGUGAGGAAUUGGACAACCUAUUCGCGAUCGGCGAGGACCUCUGGGUGGAAUGGAUACAGGACGAGAGCCUGCUUGCUCGCACAGUAGAGGAACGCAUCUCUGUGAUGGAACUGUGUCAGAGAUCCGUCGAAGAGGAAUUUGGAAGUACUAGACUCUGGAUUAUCUAUGGGGACUGGAUGUUAUAUCUCUACAAUUCCGCUUCCAAUUCUGGAGAGCCGGCGGCUUCUCAGGCGCAAUGGUCAGAGGAGGAUAAGGUCGUGGGUCGUGAGGUGUUUGGCUGGCAGUCGGUUAUGGAUGUGUGGAGGAAAGGCGCCGAGGCCACGAGAUGGCGUAUUAGCGACAGCCACCUCGUCUGGAAUCGAUAUCUCGAGCUUACCAUGCGAGAUCUUGCCAGCUCACCCACCUCCGAAAAGGCAUCCCAAGUCCGAGCCUUGUUCGAGAGCAGACUGCAGACUCCUCACAUGGCCUGGGACCAGACGUUUCAAAUAUUUUCCAAUUUUGUUUCAACUUACUACAAUGCCAACUAUGAGGAUAUCAUGGUCAGUACUAAUGCGAAAGCGGGGGAAAUAAAAGCCAUUUGUGAUGCCAGAGAGACAAGCGAAUUGGCCCUGCAGCGUGCCGUCGAGUCGAAUGACACUACGGCUGAAUGGACCGCAUACACCCAGUAUCUCGAGUUGGAAACUACGCACAAGUACAAGAAGCCUUUGUACGGCUUUCAGUUGAUAACGGCGUUGUUCCAGCGUGCUCUGCUGCGAUUCCCGACUGAUGCGAACCUCUGGGAUGACUACGUCAUAUACAUCGUCAAUGAGUCGAUGCAUCGCCGCACCAAUGAGCCCGUCAUUCCUAUCCUAGAGCGUGCUGCAAGGCACUGUCCCUGGUCCGGUUCUCUCUGGUCUCAACUCUUAUUAUCCGCGGAGCGAGCCGGCUAUUCCUUCCAGGACAUAUCCGAUUUGAAACAUAGGGCCACCCGUACCGGAUUGCUCGAGGCUGCAGGUGUCGAUGAGGUGUUGAAAGUUCACACCACCUGGUGCAGCUACCUCCGGCGGCUGCCGUUUCAGUCCAAUUCUACGGAUGAGGAUUUAGACGUGGCAGAAGUGGGGAUGCGGUCCGCGAUCGAGAGUGUCCAAGCUAUAGGCGACAAAGGCGACAAGACGGUCCCGAACGAUCCUCUCUUCCGCCUCGAACGGAUAUAUAUCCGUUAUCUGAGCGAAAGCGGUAGCUGGGAUAGUGCCAGAGAAACAUUCAAGGGCCUGGUUGGGCGUCAUGGUCAUACCUACGAGUUUUGGCUCAUGUUUUAUACGUGGGAGCUCUUGUGCUGGAGUAAAUUUACACAAGGCGACGGUCCCCGGAAAGCCCCCAGUCCUCACUACGCGACGGCGGUGCUGAAGCAGGCGCUGCAAAGAGAUGACUUGGACUGGCCCGAAAAGAUAAUGGAUACGUAUAUCGCGCAUUGCGAGCAGUACGAAGAUGCUGAGGAGCUUCAGCUGGCCAUCGUCGAGAUCCGAAGGGUCUCCAAAAGGGUUGCGAAGCGACGAGAAAAAGAAGCUUUGGAGGCAGCGGCUCAGCAGCAAGCAGCGGUUGCUCAGGCAGUGCAGGCAGCUCAGAAUAACGCUGAAGACACGGUGCAUGUUGGAAAGCGAAAACGUGAAUCCGCAGACGUCAACGGCUUGGCUAGCAAAAAACCAAAGGCCGAGGUUAGCGAAGCCAAACCUGCGGAACCAGAGGCGGAGCAUGCUCCCAAACGCGACCGGGAAAAUUCGAGUGUUUCGGUCAAAAACCUGCCUAGGGAUGUCCCAACCCUCAAAAUCCGGCAGUUUUUCCGUGAUUGUGGGAAAAUCAACGCCGUCACACUCCUCCCGGCGGAUGGUGAUUCUGCCUCUGCGAUCGUCGAGUUCGACUCGAAAGAUGAUGCGGAAGUUGCUCAGACGCGGGAUCAAAAGGUUUUGGAAGGGCGUGUGCUUAGCGUCCAAUUGGAAACCAAAGCAACACUUUUUGUUACAAACUUCCCACCCGAAGCCGACGAGUCCUACAUUCGACGGAUAUUCAGCCCACAUGGUGAGAUUGUUGAGGUGCGAUUCCCGUCUCUCAAGUUUAAUACCCACAGGCGGUUCUGUUAUGUGCAGUUUGCUUCUGCAGCCGAUGCGCAUGAUGCACUCGAGUUAGAUCAUAAGUCCGUGGGGAAAAAUUUGAACCUCGUGGUGAAGAUAUCCGACCCCUCGAAACGCCAAGCUCGUUCUGGUGCGUUCGAGGAAGGCCGGGAAAUCCAUAUCUCAAACCUUGAUUGGAAGGCUACUGAAGACGACCUAAUUGAGCUCUUUACGGCUUUUGGCAAAGUCGAAGUUGCGCGCAUCCCAACGAAGGCCGACGGUGGCAGUAAGGGGUUUGGGUUUGUAGCAUUUUCCACACCGGAAGCUGCAAAUGCGGCUUUGGCGAUGGACCAGAAAGAGUUUCGCUCCCGACCGCUCCGUGUCAGACUGUCUACGCACACCGGCGCAAAACGCCAAUCUACUACCAUAAUUUCGCGCGUUGGGCGGUCCAAGUCUCCAUCCAUGGAACCAAAUGGAGGGGCUUCGCCAUCCACCGCUUCGGUCAAUCAAGCCGACUUGCCAGUUGGUGAAAGGAACCUUCGCACUCUCGGUCUAAUGAAUAUUCCCGACACCGUCAACGAUGCCCGUAUUCGUACUCUAGUCGAGCCGUAUGGACCUCUUGUGAAGAUAAUUCUUCGCCCUGACCAUCAAGGUGCUAUUGUCGAGUUCAUGGACGUGGGUGAUGCUGGAAAGGCGGCCCUUGGGCUCGACGGCCAGGAGAUUGCACCGGGUCGUCAGAUUCGCGUUGGGCCAGUAUCAGAAAUGCUGAAGCAGCCGCCCGAGCAUAAAGUGGAUCGUCUUCAAGUUGGAAAGCAAAAGCAAAAGCAAAAGCCGGCGCUCAUGGUCCAGCCUGCCGCACCCAUUUCGAGACCUGGUCAACAGGGUCGUGCGGGAAGAAGAGGCGGAUUAGGUGUAAAGAAAGGCGCCUUCAACGGGAAAAUUGGGCCCGCUUCAAUUGCCACGAAAGCAGAAGCACAGCAGUCUUCUGCAGAUCGAAUUUCCUCCCAUGAUCACAUAUUAUCCGAGGCCCCGAAGCCAAAGAGCAAUGACGAUUUCCGAGUCAUGUUAAGUCAACCCAAGACUAAGUCAGAGGAGAUAUGAAUAAAAUUCAUGCACAAAUAAAAUCAUGAAUUUGCCGGCUCUCCUAUCCAGUCAGCGCUGGCGUUGUUUCUUUUAUUAUAUAUAUAUUUUUUUAUGUGACAAAGUAAUGAUUUCGGGCUGGUUAAGGGAGGAAAAGAAAAAAACAGAAGUUGAAUGGCAAAACGGAAAACGAGACCGCGAAUAAGGACAACCCAAAAAAUUUUAAUUGCUAAUGGUCCACCGGCAGCCGGAAUGUGGUUUGCCUCCCGUCUAUUCUCUCCCUAAAAAGGCGGAAGACGCCAGUUGGCUGGGAUUGGCACAACGGGAGGGCUGGUGAUGGGUGGACGGUAUGACUUUUUACUUCCCCAUCCCUGCCUUUUUCAUCAUCUUUUUAAUUCUCUAUAUGGCAUGACAUAACUACCUGAUCUUGUUCUACUGCUAUGUUUUAUCUUUCUUUUAAUUUUUGCAGGCUUUGUUUCUCUAUAUAUUGCCUUUGUUUUUCUAGUGUAUUCUUGUUCAUGUUACCCAUUCCAGCAAAUCCUCAUCUGCACCCCCUGAUGCUUUGUUUUUCAGCACACCUCAAGGUUUUACCAUAUGUGUUUUGUUCAAUUUUUUUUAAAGCUUUCUUCUUAAAUUGUGACUCCCCUGUAUUAAUCCUCUGCAGUAUUAUUGUGUCCUUCGCAUGUUGUCCUUUUUUUUUUUUCCUGUCGUGUGGCAUGGGUUACUCGGCUCUGAAUGAUAAUGGAGGUGAAAGGGCUAGAGGGGAGGAAAACAUUCAGCUUUGCAUUUAGUUAUUUUCUAUUCUGCCUCCUUGAAUUCCGAAACGCAUUGUACGCAUCGGGGGAGUAAAGUGCUUUUUCGCAAACUGGUUUUGUUUUGGAGCAUGAUAAUGUACGCUACGAAGUGCUUUCACAACUCCACAUGAUGAUCAUGCAGUUAAGAAAGGAGUUAUAAUGCAAAUAUCUGGCGAGUUACAUGGCCCUUCAGGGGUGUGGUCGCGAUGCUAGAGCAA